AUGCCGGUGGCAAUAUGGUCUGAAUCGGGAGCUGCUGAUCUCCCCUUCACCCUCGCCGGCUAUUUUGGUCGUUCCUCCGAGCUGGCAUUCGUUGUGGAGCCCAGUGAUGACAUCGUUGUGCAGGAGCAACCCUUGAUCCUCUACUGCCAGGUGGAGGGCAUCCAGCCCAUCACCAUCACGUGGCGGAAGAAUGGCGUGAUGAUCGUGGACAGUGAGAACGCCUUUAUGUUGGCCAACGGGUCUCUCUACGUCUCCCGCUUCCAGAGGGUCCGGGGAGAUGGGUCCUCGGAUGAAGGCGAGUACGACUGCAUGGCACAGAACCACUACGGGCUGGUGGUGAGCCGGAAGGCAAAGAUUCAGGCAGCGACAAUGUCUGACUUCCACAUCCACCCUCAGAAUGCAGUGGUGGAGGAAGGUGGUGUAGCGAGAUUUCAGUGCCAGAUCCAUGGAUUGCCUGAGCCAGUCAUCCUAUGGCAUAAGAACAGCAUGCCAGUCAACACAGACAAUGAAAGGUACACGCUGCUUCCCAAGGGGGUUCUCCAGAUAACGGGACUAAGGGCAGAGGACAGUGGGAUAUUUCACUGCGUUGCCACCAAUAUUGCUAAUGUGAAGUUCAGCCGGGAGGCCCGACUCACCGUGUCAGGCUCCCACUCCACGGUGUACAAGGACCCCAUGAUUCUUGUGGGCCCGGAGAACCUGACGCUGACCGUGCACCAGACAGCGGUGCUGGAGUGCAUCGCCACCGGCAACCCCCGGCCCAUCGUCUCCUGGAGCCGCCUCGACGGCCGCCCGAUUGGCGUGGAGGGGAUCCAGGUGCUGGGCACAGGAAACCUCAUGAUCUCAGACCUCACAGUGCAGCAUUCUGGCAUCUACGUGUGUGCCGCCAACAAACCCGGCACGCGGGUGCGCCGCACCGCGCAGGGCAGCCUCGUCGUGCAAGCCCCAGCAGAGUUUGUGCAGCAUCCCCAGUCCAUUUCCAGACCCGUGGGGACUACUGCCAUCUUCACGUGCGUGGCCCAAGGGGAGCCCCCUCCCCAGAUCACAUGGCUGAGGAACGGGCAGAUCCUGGAGACCAGUGACCACAUCAAGCUGAAGAAUAACAACAGCACUCUCUCCAUCUAUGGGAUCAACCAGGCGGAUGAAGCCAUCUAUCAGUGCCUGGCCGAGAACAGUGCGGGCUCCACGCAGGCCAGCGCCCGCCUCACCGUGCUGUGGGCUGAUGGGCUGCCCAGCCCUCCUCAGGGCGUGAGGGCAGAGACUGUCUCUGCAACCACCAUCCAGGUGUCCUGGGAAAAGCCCCUGCAGAACACCAAGGAGAUCAUUGGCUACGUGCUGCACAUCCGGAAAGCUGCAGAUCCCGUAGAGAUGGAGUACCAGGAGGCUGUUAGCAAGAGCACCUUCCAGCAGCUGGUGACUGAUCUGGAGCCCUCAACCAGCUACAGCUUUUAUAUAAAGGCUUACACCUCCCGGGGUGCCAGCAAGGCCUCAGAAGUCACGGUGGUGAGCACGCUGGGGGAAGUCCCAGCCAUGCCAUCCCUCUUUAUUAAAGUCAUUAAUAGCACCACCGUGCAGGCAACGUGGGAACCUUCCAUCAAACUGGGCCAGCACGAAGGCUUCAAGCUGUAUUACCGCAAAGUCCACCUCUCCCAGUACACAGGUCCAGUGCUCCUGGCCAGCAACGUCACAGCCUACAACAUUACCCACCUGGACGCGUCGGUGGUGUACGAAGUCAAGCUCCUCGCCUACAACCAGCACGGGGAUGGAAACUCCACUGUCCGCUUCGUGUCCCUGAGGGAAACUGUGGAGAGGACAGUGCUGAAUCCUCCCUGUGACUGCAUGAAGGACGAGCAGAACAAUAAAACCUCCACGACUGGCAUCAUCAUCGGGAUCCACAUUGGUGUCACGUGCAUCAUAUUCUGCAUCCUGUUCCUUAUGUUUGGGUACCGAGGAAGACUACUGAUGUGCAAAAAUGUGCAGGAGCAGCUGUCAACCCCUCAGAUUCCCCGGAGCCAGCGGAGUGCCACAGGCCUUGUCCUGAACGGGGCCACUCGCAGGGACAGGGACGACCGGGACUUGAAUGGAAAGCAGCUGGAUAUGAAUGAGCUGGAGAGGUUAUUCCCAACAUCCCCAUCCCAGGAGCAGCAGGAGAAGGGAAUAAUGUCGGCUCACAGCCUGUCAGCCCCCCACGAUGAAACCCAGAUCUCCACACUCCCUCUGGAUGAGUUCAGCAUCAUUGAGGAGCAGCCAGACCCACUCCCAGAAUACCCCCAUGGCAGCAGUCCUGCUGCUCUGGCUCCUGACCACGGUCCUGCCAAUGAAGGAUAAAACUGCCAAGACUCGAAGCCUCUUGUAGGAGUUACCAGAAACCAAACCUGCAGCUGGUGAUGUCUUUACGAGUUGUCAAUCUCAGGUCAAUUGAAGAUUUCUAUGGUCUGAUUGUUAUUUUUUUGUUUUGCUUUAUUUUUAUAUAUAUA